UUUCUGGAUUGUGUUAUACUGUUAUGUACAGAUAUCAGUUCAACGGCUGAAAGCUAUGAGUUCACUAGCAGAAAUGAAAUUUGCAGUGCAAGUCGAAAUUCUUGGGAGAGUUAGACACAGGAAUUUAAUUUUUCUAAGAGGUUUUUGCAUAGGUGGAGAUGAAAGGAUUAUAGUGUCUGAUUAUAUGCCUAAUCAGAGCUUGAUCGCGCAUCUCUAUGGCCAGCUUGCUUCUGAUUGUCUGCUAGAUUGGCCUCGGAGAAUUAGUAUUGCCAUUGGGGCGGCUGAAGGAAUUUCGUACUUGCACCAUGAAGCGAACCCUCAAAUCAUACAUCGUAACAUAAGUGCUAGUAAUGUGCUUUUAGAUUCUGAAUUCCAAGCAAAAGUUGCUGAUUUUGGUGUUGCAAAAUUUGUCCCGGAGGGUGUCACUCACCUGACUACAAGAGUCAAAGGGACCCUAGGGUAUAUAGCACCAGAGUACGCGAUGUGGGGUAAAGUAUCCAAAAGCUGUGAUGUUUAUAGUUUUGGGAUACUGCUACUUGAGAUCAUUAGUGCUAGAAAGCCAAUAGAAAAACUUCCAGGUGGAGUUAAGCGCGACAUUGUUCAAUGGGCUAGUCCAUUGGUACAAAAAGGUGCUUAUGAGCUUCUUGUUGAUCCUAGGCUAAAGGGUAAGUAUGACUGCACUCAGUUGAAAAGCCUUGUCAUAAUUGCAAUGAGAUGUACUGAUAGUGAUCCAGAGAAUCGCCCGAGUAUGAUUGAUGUUGUAGCAUUGCUGAAAGGAGGCAAUGUUGUUACAAGAGAAGAUAUAACAGUAGUGAGGAAUAUGGCUGAUGGAAAUGAAGAUGAAGAGUUUGGUGAAGACGGAUCUGAUGAUACAGACCUGGCACCAAAAUUGAAGAAAGAAUGAUCAAGGAGUGGUUUUUGUUAAGCGCG